AUGGAUCUCUCUCAUGGGAAUGUUGGCUCAUACCCUAGGGUGCCCAUUGAUGAAACCCGGGUUCGGGAUAAACUUGGCCUUUUCAAAUGGGGUCCGGGGGACCAAGAGAUUCUCUACGACCUCAUUAUACGGGGGGUUGAAUUAGGGGGGGGCGAAGAGUGGUACAGGUGUUUCACCUUGCGUCAUGAUGCCACCGGUCGACCCGGAUUGUCGACAUAUCAGAAGUGCACCGUGGCAAUUAGGCAGCUUGCCUAUGCCGGGCCUGCUGACAUGUUCGACGAAUAUCUACAGAUGGGCAAAACGACUGCGCUUAAAACGCUGAGACAGUUUUGCAAGGGUAUCAAAGCUAUCUUCAAAGGGGAUUACCUACGGAAACCAAUGACCGAUGAAUGCCAGAGACUGAUAAAUAUGCUCGGGACUGUGCAUCAUUUUCCGGGGAUGUUGGGCAGCAUCGAUUGCAUGCACUGGGAGUGGAGGAACUGCCCGGUGGCUUGGAAGGGGCAGUUCACUUCUGGUUUCAAAGGGCGACAUCCCACGAUGAUCCUUGAAGCCGUUGCUGUCUACCGCUUGCAAAUCUGGCAUGCGUAUCUUGGUGUCGUUGGGUCGAACAACGACAUCAACAUUCUAAAAUCGUCACAUCUUUUCAAUGAUGAGUCCCAGGGUGAGGGUCCACAAGUCAGCUUCGUGGCCAAUGGCACGUAG